AUGUGCAUUCUUCUUCUGAUGCUAUUUUUUCUGCAACAUUGCUCUGGUGCAGUUCUCCCUUGCAUCUGGACCAGCAGCUUGAACUGGAGUGAGCUGAUGGAAGCUGAAAGAAGCCAGCUUAGUCCAAUCGACCCAAGAAGAGCUCGGUUUCCUUGUUGCAUAGUGUGGACUCCCAUACCCUUCAUCACAUGGCUGAUGCCAUUUAUCGGUCACAUUGGCAUUUGCAGAGAAGAUGGUGUAAUCUUGGACUUUGCCGGUCCAAAUUUCGUGUCAGUUGACAACUUUGCCUUUGGAGCUGUUACACGCUACAUCCAAUUAAAUGGUGAUGAGUGCUAUAAACUUCUUGACACCGGCGCAGAGACGACAUGGGAUGGUGCUCUGAGGAAAGGCGUGCAGGAGUUUCAGAACAGGAACUACAACCUGUUCACCUGCAACUGCCACUCCUUCGUCGCCAACAACCUGAACCGGCUCUUCUACGCCGGCCACGACAAGUGGAACGUGGUGAGCCUGGCCGCGGUGAUGUUCCUUCGGGGCCGCUGGGUGAGCGCGGGAGCCGUGGUGAAGACCCUGGCGCCGUUCGUUGUGGUGCUCGCCCUUGGCGUUCUCCUCGGCGGCACGACGUUCUUGCUCGGUCUCCUCGCCUUCGCAGCCGUCAUGGCCGGGUGGUUCCUCGUGGGCACCUACUGCAUCAAGGGCCUUGUGGAGCUGUAG